CUCUCUCUCUCUCUCUUGGUGUUUUUAUUCGCUUGUGUUUCGAAAAUAGCUUCACCACUCUCAAGCUCUGUCUUCUCCAAAGUGCUCUUGCACUCGAUCUCUGCACAGCUCGUCUUUUACGAAUCCGGAAAUAUAUAUGCAGGCUUUCUUGCCAUCAAGAACUUUGGGAGGUUAGACCAAGUGGAAUGUAAAGAUAUUUUUUCAAAAUGGGCCCUUCAACUCGUGACCAGCUUUCAAAGAUUGAAACAACCUGUGAAUCCCUUCUGUAUGAGCUUCAGGUGAUAUGGAAUGAAGUUGGAGAAUCGGAUGCUGAAAGAGACAAAAUGCUCCUCGAGCUUGAACAAGAGUGCCUUGAGGUAUAUAAGAGAAAGGUUGAUAUAGCGAACCGUUCUAGGGCCAAUUUGUGCCAAGCAAUAGCUGAUGUGGAAGCGGAACUUGCAACCAUCUGUUCUGCUAUGGGUGAGAGACCAGUUCAUCUCAAGCAGUCCAAUCAAAAUGCUGCAAGUUUGAAAGAAGAGCUCAUGGCCAUCACUCCUCAAUUAGAAGAGAUGAAAAAGAGAAAAAGUGCUAGAUUGAGUCAAUUCCUUCAAAUCAUGGAACAAAUAAGAAAGAUCUCUAGUGAAAUUUGGCCAAAUGGGGAAGCUCUGCCCAAACUUCUUGUCGAUGAAACUGAUCUUUCCACUAGAAAGUUAGAAGAACUUCAGAGACAACUGGAGGCACUGCAAAAGGAGAAGGCUGAUCGGCUUAACCAGGUGUUGGAACAUUUAAAUGCAUUAAAUGCAUUAUGUAUAGUUCUUGGGGUAGAUUUCAAGAGAACGGUGAUUGAAGUGCACCCGAGUUUAGACGAAGCUGAAGGAACGAAGAUUGUCAGCAAUGAUGUGAUUGAGAGGUUGGCUUCUAUCAUACAAAGACUGAGGGAUGUUAAAGUACAAAGAAUGAACCAGCUUCAAGAUCUCGCCACUACUAUGCUAGAACUUUGGAACUUGAUGGACACACCAAUAGAAGAACAGCAGUUGUUUCAGAAUGUAACAUGCCUUGUUGCUGCUUCAGAAAAUGAGCUUACAGAGCCUAACACUCUUUCAGCCGAUUUCCUCAACUACGUAGAGGCAGAAGUUUUGAGGCUUGAAGAGCUGAAAGGAAGCAAGAUGAAAGAACUCCUCCUGAAGAAGAAGAUUGAACUAGAAGAACUGCGCAGAAAGACACAUUUGGUUGUUAAAGAAAACAGUGAACUUGAGAUUGCUAUUGAAGCCAUUGAAGCUGGUGUUAUUGACCCAUCUCUAAUCUUGGAGCAGAUUGAGGCUCAGAUUUCAGGUGUAAAAGAGGAAGCUUUUAGCAGGAAAGAAAUCCUUGAGAGGGUUGAGAAAUGGAUGGCUGCUUGUGAAGAAGAAGCCUGGCUGGAGGAGUAUAACAGGGAUGAAAACCGUUACAGUGCGGGUAGAGGAGCCCAUCUAGCACUGAAACGUGCUGAGAAAGCUCGAGCUGCAGUUCAAAGGAUUCCUGGAAUUGUUGAGGCCUUGUGCAAUAAAAUCAUAGCAUGGGAGAAAGAAAGGGGCACUGAUUUUACAUAUGAUGGCGUCCGUCUUUUACCAAUGCUAGAGGACUAUACUUUUCUCCGCGAGCAGAAAGAACUAGAAAGAAAGAGACAAAGGGAUCAGAAAAAACUCCAAAGUCAACUUAUAGCUGAACAAGAAGCACUUUUUGGAUCCAAGCCAAGUCCUUCCAAGCCACAGAGCGCUAAGAAAAUGCCUAGAGCUUCUCUAGGCGGUGCAAGCCGAAGAUUAUCCCUUGGAGCUGCCGCAAUACAGCCAACAAAACCUGAUUUUUUAUGCAGCACUAAGACAACAAAGAGAGCAAACGAGCGCAGCUUCCUUGUUUCUCCUGCAAAGAAUCAUGUGGAUACUGGAAUUUCUGUAAAGAAACUGUCCUUCAAUUCAACAAAUCUGAAUGGUUUCCAGUCUGACGAUUCGGGAAAACAUUACAAUGCGACGAAGAACACGAACGCUAAGCUUACAGAAACGCCAAGAAAGCCAUUUGCCCCUCUGACUCCGACCAGCAACCUGCCAUUUACUCCUCAGAUAAUCCACAACGUGGUUGCUGAGGAAGAGAAUUGGACACCUAAGACUACUAGAACCAUGUCGACGCCCAUGAAGAUGGCCAACACUCCCGCUCCUUUUUCUGCCGCUUAUGAAGCAGAACCAGCUUCCAUUACAAAAGCAACGGAGGAGAUGGAGUAUUCCUUCGAAGAAAGAAGACUUUUGUUUUACUCGAGAAGAUAGAAAGAGGACUUGCUUUUUACGUGAGCUUUUUUGUCUUGCAAACCUAAGAUUUCUUUUAUUGCGGCGAAUUGCAGUUUGGUUAGCGCAUCGAUGUACUUCCGUACGCAUUGAAUUUCCCGCAGCUCCAACUUCAAAUGAGUAGACAUGUUAUCAAAAUUAGUUGAUAUUGUCAUCACAACUUAUUAUACUCUU